AAAAAAGUUUUCGGGAUAAUGGCUUCACAAUUUGAUGAUAUUGCUGAAAAGUAUCAAGAAGUAAAGAAUGAUAAUAAUAUGCACACUGCCCUUGAAAUUUAUACGAUGGUAUCACUUCUUCCUUAUGAAUCAUUAAAGGGAAAAACCGUUCUAGAUCUUGCUUGUGGAACUGGUGUAUAUAGUAGAAUAGCUGCUGAACUUGGUGCCAAAAAUGUAAUAGGAGUCGAUAUCUCAUCUGAGAUGAUCAAUAUUGGAAUAAAGAUUGAAGAAAAAGCUGGUG